AUGGCGUCUGUUAGGAUAACUGGCGCUGUUGUUGCAGCGGCGACGAUGGUGAUGCUUUCUUACUGUUAUUUGGGCUUAUUCCGUUUCUCCGAUAAGUUCUCUACUGAGAAGAAGAAGAAGAAGGAUAAGCUGAUUAGGAGAAAUGGACUCGUGGAUGCUAUUGGCAAUACUCCUCUGAUUCGUAUCAAUAGCCUCUCAGAGGCUACCGGAUGUGAGAUUCUUGGGAAAUGCGAGUUUUUAAAUCCAGGAGGUAGCGUUAAAGAUAGAGUUGCUGUGAAAAUCAUACAAGAGGCUCUGGAAUGUGGUAAGCUAUUUCGAGGGGGAAUAGUAACAGAGGGUAGUGCUGGGAGUACUGCGAUUAGCCUUGCUACAGUUGCUCCGGCAUACGGGUGUAAAUGUCAUGUUGUUAUACCUGAUGAUGCUGCUAUUGAAAAGUCUCAAAUACUUGAAGCCCUCGGAGCUACUGUUGAGAGGGUGAGGCCGGUGUCAAUAACUCACAAAGAUCACUAUGUCAACAUUGCAAGGCGACGUGCUGACGAAGCAAACGAGUUAGCAUCCAAGGGAAGACUGGUAGCGAGGGGAGAAAAAACUAAUGAAGAAGAGAAAGAGCCUUCCUUAUUCUCAGAUUCGGUUACAGGUGGCUUCUUUGCAGAUCAAUUUGAAAACUUGGCAAAUUAUAGGGCUCACUAUGAAGGUACUGGCCCUGAAAUCUGGGACCAGACUCAUGGUAACAUCGACGCCUUUGUUGCUGCUGCGGGUACAGGCGGUACUUUAGCUGGCGUUUCAAGGUUUCUUCAGGCUAAGAGUGAAAGAGUAAAAUGCUUCCUGAUCGAUCCUCCUGGAUCUGGUCUGUACAAUAAAGUAACACGGGGAGUGAUGUACACAAGAGAGGAAGCUGAAGGACGUCGUCUGAAAAAUCCAUUUGAUACAAUAACAGAAGGGAUUGGAAUCAACAGGCUUACUCAGAAUUUCCUCAUGGCAAAACUUGACGGCGGUUUCCGUGGUACUGAUAAAGAAGCCGUUGAGAUGUCGAGGUUUCUUCUGAACAAGGAUGGGCUCUUUGUUGGAAGCUCCUCGGCUAUGAAUUGUGUUGGGGCAGUGAGGGUGGCUCAAGCCCUUGGUCCUGGUCACACAAUUGUCACCAUUCUUUGCGAUAGCGGAAUGAGACAUUUAAGCAAGUUUCACGACCCUGACUACUUGUCUCUUUACGGCUUGACUCCAACCGCAACUGGAUUAGAGUUCAUGGGCAUCAAGUGA